AUGAAUGACCCUGAGGUUCAAGCAGGUCCAUGUAAGCCUUACCCUUUCAAUCGAUACCAUGAACCUUACAGAUACAUAAUUAACCGUUGUCUAGACAUACCAGAGUCAGGAGCACUAGAUUUGAUUGAGCCAUGUCACGAAUUUAAAGCGUUCAUCAACACAUCCGGUGCAACAAAGGAGGGAAAACUGGAAAAAUUCACAGAUGAAGUCAAGCGUUUUGCUGCAGCUUGUAUGAACAGUCGCACAAAUGGGACCAUUCACUUUGGUGUAGGAGACCUGCCACGUUAUAAACAUGGUCAGAUUCUGGGGUUUAGUGUUGAAGAUAAAGAGUCUUUUUGGAAAGCCUUACAUGACAUGAUUGACGGUCACUUUGAACAUGUUGAUGCAGCAAAGAAAUGCAUCAAGCCACCUCGGUUUGUUGAAGUGCUUCAGCCUGACAUGACCUCUUCAGAAACCUAUGUUGUGGAAGUGGAUAUAGAAGCAGCAUUUUCUGUCUGUGCAGAGAACCUCUACCAUGUCUACAGUGUGGACAAACGCAAGUCACAGAGAAGUAAAGACAAGGAUCAAAAGGCAGAUGCAAAGGAAUGCAAGUCUUUCUACAUCCGAGACAACAGCAGCAGCAGCGAUCUGCUUCUGUCAAACACUCAGUUCAAGCAUCUGGAAGAGUACAAGAAAUAUAUAGACAAUGUAAAAGCCCUAUCACAGCAAAGGAAGAUAGCUGAGCAGAAGCGUCUUGCGGUUGUUAGAAAUAGUGUCCAGGGUUCCAAAUUAUGUGAAAUGAUAACUGGUGGAUCCCAUUCUUUGGACAAGUCCAGAUAUGAAGGGUACAUUCUUGUAACCAAUAAAUCACACCCAAGCCAAUUGGAGUCUUUGAGGGGAGUCCUACGACCUAAAAAAAUCCUGGUCAUAUUCCUACUGCUGUCAGAUGUCACCAAUAACAAAGACCCCUUACUGGAGAUCUUUAAUAUAUUCCGACAAGAGCUUAGAGGGCUAGACCAAAUCUUGUGUGUCUGUGAGAAUAAACGUUCCUUCAUCUCUUGGAAGCAGCUUAUCGAAACUCAUUAUGGAGUCAACAUCUCAUCCCGAUGCAUUUCUGGAGUCAGUUUUGCUGAAAUUAACGGAACUAUUCUCAGUCUGUGGUCUGCCAACCGUCGCUCAAGAAGGUUUUUAACCUGUGGGGGAGGCAGCAAAGUUUUGUUACCAAAGAAAGUGGAAAAAUGUUUGGACACCUUGGAUAUUCUUUGUGUCAAUCAGUGUGAAGGUGUUAACGAGGACAAGCUCUCAAUCCAGGAUAAUUUUUACAAAGGGGGCAAAGUAUCAUGGUGGAACUUCUACUUUUCGAAGGAACCUGGGUCUUCAAACUUCAUCAAACGGGACAAAUUUGAUUACAUAAAUCACACCAUCAUUCCAGAUCUGUGCUCCUUGACAAGGCCCUGUGUAGUGUUCAAUAUCAUACAUCUCCCAGGCUGUGGGGGCACCACACUUGCAAUGCACAUUUUGUGGAGACAAAAAAGGAAUUUUCGCUGUGCAGUUGUAAAGGACAGAGCAGCAGAUCCAGAUGAAAUUGCCAAGCAUGUAGUGGAGCUGCUGACCUGUGAGACAACAGGGAAGGCUACAAGGCUCCCUGUGUUACUCAUGGUUGAUGACUUUGAAGAAAGGGAUGCGGUGUGCAGUCUACAGCAGCGCAUUGGUAAAGCAUGUCCAAAGACCAGUGCUGCUAGCAGUCCUCAAGUAAUCAUCCUUAAUUGCAUGAGAGUUGAAUACAGGGAUAUGUAUGAGACAUCCUUAUGUGUCUUCAUUGGGAAUGAGCUAUCUAAGAAAGAGCAGAAGUCCUUCGAAAAGAAGCUGGAGGAGAUAGAGAAGAUAUACAAGAAUGCUGACACUUUCUAUGGUUUCAUGAUCUUAAAGAAGAACUUCUCACGAGAGUACAUCAAAGGAGUCGCCAAAAACACCCUGAAAAACUACAACAUCCACCUCAAGGAAGCACAGCUCAUUGCUGUGAUCGUUCUUCUGAACAUCUACUGCUAUUAUCAAGGAUACAGCAGGGUCUGA